AUGUCGACUUCAUUACCGUCUCAGCUAAAAAAAAAAUGUGAAAUUUCAGAAGAUCUUAAAGACGCUUCAAUAAAAUCUUGGCUGAGUAGUGUGGGAAAGUUGCUUGACCAGGCGAAAUUAGCUAAUGAAAAGGGUGACUUGGAAACAGUCUACAUCUCUAAUGUUAAAGUUUCAUCUAUCCUUAUAGAAAUUAUACCAAAUCAUAAGGAAUAUGGGAAAAUAAGUGAAAAAGAGAAAAAGGACUUCUCGGACCUACGCACUGGAAUUUCAGACAUUUUAGCAAAGGCCGAAGCAGCAAGAAAAAUAUUAGAAAAUGAAAAUGAAAAAAAUCAGAAAAAUGGGGGUCAAGGAAGUGAAACUACAGAUAGUUAUAUACAGAUGCCAGUACCACAUCCUACCCCAGAACCAACAUCAAAUGUAUUCUUGAAUAGUACUAAUUCUUUGCAACAAUCAUCACCGUCUUGUCUAAUGAAUAAUAAUAUUGAUGGUGUAUCUUCGACUUUGACUUCAUCCGAAUCUAAUAGCUUAAAUGUUGUACAUAUGCAAAAUGGAACUCCCAAAUCUAAUAAUGCUCCAAAACAAACCAUUUAUCCGCAAACUCCGCCUGUCUCCGCACCAUCUUUUGAAACCCCUACACUUAAACAAUAUACGAAAUCUUUGCCAAAUAAAAAAAAAUUAUUAGAUUUUUUACCUGAUUCCAACAAAAUAGAGGUUAGCGUUUUGCGUGAUUUACUUAACACUACCGAAGAUCCAUCACGUAUAUUGGUAUUGGACGUUAGACACAGAGCUGCAUUUGAUCGUGGGCAUAUUAAGACAAAGAAUAUAGUUUGCUUGGAUCCCAUCAUUUUAAAGGAUGAGAUAUCAUCUAUCAACCUUGAGUCCAAACUUGUAGUUGGUCCUGAAUUUGAAAGAAAGCUUUUUGCUGACCGUCAUAAUUUUGAUUUGGUUGUAUAUCAUGAUCAAGAUUCCAGUUUCAUUCCCAUAGGGAAGACUUCGACUUCGGAUGAUAGAAAUGCCAUAAGGAAUUUAAUUCAAGCAAUCUGUGAAAAUGAAUUCAAAAAGCAUUUGAAGAGGGGUCCUGUAUUGUUGAAUGGAGGUUUUAAUGCUUGGGUUAGAUUGGUAGGUGAAUCUGGUAUUGAGUGCAAUGUUAAUAAUAAUACUCGAGCAAAUCAACGCGAUAGAGAUGCUGACCAAAAUAAUUCACCAAACACAAUUUCGAACCCACGAAUUACUGCCAUAAAUAAACCAAUAGCACAAAUUAUAAUGCCUUCACAAACUCCAACUUCUGUUUCUACUUCGACUACAACACAAUCAAGUCAUUCCUUAAAACGUCGUAAAACUGUAUUUGAUCAUCCGUACCAUGGCUUCAGUGAGAUAAAAGAUCCGGAGUAUGCUCCUCCGUUACCACCAAAAAAACACGAGAUUACUUCGGGUCCAACACCAUCAAUACCGUCCAAUACGUCAAUAUCAAAUACAUCUGCAAAUAGUUCAGAACAAAUGGCCAUGCAUCAUAAAUCGUCUUUAAUAUCUGAUAAUCAAAAUCAUCAUCGUUUUCCCCAAACAGAAAGUAGUUUCUCUAAGCUGGGAUCCUGCAUUGGUAUAACAGGAUUAAGAAAUUUAGGCAAUACUUGUUUUAUGAAUUCUGUUAUUCAAUGUUUAAGUGGGACUUUGCCAUUUGCCAGAUACUUUUUAGAUGGUAGUUUCAGACGACACAUUAAUAAAUCGAAUCCUUUAGGUACUAAAGGUGUUUUGGCUGAAGCAUUUGCAAAAUUGAUACAAGUGAUGUGGAGUGAACAGUAUCAUUUUGUUUCACCUGUGACUUUCAAGGAAGCUAUCGGACGUUUUGCACCCCAGUUCUCAGGGUCUGAUCAACAAGACUCUCAAGAAUUCCUUGCUUAUUUACUAGAUGGCUUGCAUGAAGAUUUGAACAUAGUCAUAGAUAAACCAAUAAUUAAAGAGUUAACGUCUCAAGAAGAGGAGGAAAUGGAAAGAUUACAACCACAGAUUGCAUCUGAGAUAGAGUGGGAAAAAUAUUUGAUGCGUAAUUCUUCUGUCGUUGUCAGUUUAUUUCAAGGUCAAUUUCGUAAUAAAUUGACAUGUUUGACGUGUGAAAAAACAUCCUCGACAUAUAAUGUUUUUAUGUAUCUCUCACUGCCUAUUCCUACGAAUAUCAAAGAUGGAGAACAGGUUGAUUUGAAAAUGUGUCUUAACGAUUUUACAAAAGAAGAGAUUUUGGAGGGAAAUGAUUCCUGGAAUUGCCCUAGAUGCAAAUGCCUAAGAAAAGCAAAAAAGCAGCUUACUAUUGCAAGAUUACCAGACAUCUUAUUGAUACAUCUUAAAAGAUUUUCAUUUGAUGGUCCUUUUAGGGAUAAACUUGAAACAAAAGUAUCUUUUCCACUUAGAAAUUUGGAUUUAACUUCGUAUGUGCCCACGCCAAUACCACAGCCUACUCCGAUUGGUUUCAUACCAAAAACGGACAUUCCUGGUUCUGGUGGAUCACGUUUCAAUUUACAACAAACUGGUCCUUUUACAUAUGACCUAUAUGCAGUUUCAAACCAUUACGGCGGAUUGAAUGGCGGUCAUUAUACCGCAUGCGUGCGAAAUAGAAACGAAUGGCAUACCUUUGAUGAUAGUCGAGUAUCGAUAUGCAACGAACCAAAUGUAAUGGUAUGUCUAUGA